AUCAUUUUUAGGCUUUUAUUCUGAAGGCAGCAGUCAGUGAUCAGCCGGUUGCUUUUAUCUGGCUCCUUAUUGGAUAAUGGGGAUUGAAGGAGCGUUUCUCCCAGCAUGCAGCUGGACUUCAACUGGCUCACAGCUCCCGGACCUGAAGGACGCCGAGGCCGUGCAGAAGUUCUUCCUGGAGGAGAUCCAGCUGGGGGAGGAGCUGCUGGCUCAGGGUAACGCCUCCUCGCACCGACACCGGCUGCACCUUCAGUUUGAUUGCCGCCCGCGUGCAUUCUCAUUGGUCCUCAGCGAGUUAAAGUCUCUCCCCUGGGGGAGGGGCUUCCUGUGAGACGCCCCGAGUGCUCGUCUUCACGCCUCGUGUCUGUGCUGCGCUCCACAGGCGACUAGAGAAAGGCGUGGACCACCUGACCAACGCCAUCGCCGUGUGCGGUCAGCCGCAG